ACCCACUCUCGUGGAACAUCUGCCACGUCGCCUCCGAUGGAGAGAGGGGCCGAACCCCCCCCCGGCGGGUCGUCGCUGAUGCGGACUUCCAGACGAUCAAUCUUUUCCUCACGCGCCUCCUGCUGAAAGCGGUACUUUUCGGGACGAACAGGAAGUCCGGGGAGCUCCGCUUGAAAUCUUCGCUACGAUGUCCCGCAACGUCUGCGUGGAAAACUUGAAGGCAUGCUGCGUGGCGAGGGACGCGUUCGUGGGAGCAAGCCGGAGCAGAUGGACUCCCGCCCCGCAGCACACCUGAUGCUGUCUUUGUUGCUGAAUGGGUGACGAGCUUCCACUCGCUUCAUACACUCAACGCAUUGUGCAGGACAGGUUCCCCCAGCCGGGUCGCAGUGAUGUACCAGGAGGUGGCCUUCUUGGCAGGCAACACUGACCACCAGUUCACCCCUUUCCGCUUCAACCGCGUGGAAAAUCCACAGGAAGUCACAUCCAAGAAGGGCUUGUUCUACAAGAGAGCCCAGGUUCUGCUCCAGCCUCAGCCGAACCAGCAGGACGGAGACGAGGCGGGCCUGGCCGACCGGGCUGCCAUUAUCAACGUCGGGGGGAUCAAGUAUCGCAUCCCCUGGUCCACGCUGGAUGAGUUCCCGCUGACCCGACUGGGCAAGCUGCGCAGCUGCAGCAACGAGGCCGAGAUCAUGGACGUGUGCGACGACUACGACGUCAGCCGCAACGAGUACUUUUUCGACCGGAACCCAUCUGCCUUCCGCAUCAUAGUGACCUUCCUGGCGGCGGGGAAGCUGAGGCUGCUGAGGGAGAUGUGCGCCCUUUCCUUCCAGGAGGAGCUGCUCUACUGGGGCCUGGAGGAUAACAACCUGGAGUGGUGCUGCCUCCGCAAGCUGCGCCUCAGGCAGGAGGAGUACAAGGAGCUGCAGAGGCUGGAGGAGGAGGAGGCCGAGCUCACCUCCCCGCAGUCCUGCGAGGAGAGCCAGCAGCCUCCGGGCGGGCCGGAGGAGACCCUCUCGGGGGGCUGCAUGCGGAGGCUCAGGGACAUGGUGGAGAACCCGCACUCAGGCCUUCCCGGCAAGAUCUUCGCUUGCCUGUCUGUGCUGUUUGUAGCCAUCACCGCGGUGACGCUGUGCGUCAGCACCAUGCCGGACCUCAGAGAGGAGGAGGAGAGGGGUGAGUGCUCCCAGAGGUGCUACAACAUCUUCGUUCUGGAAACGGUCUGCGUCGCCUGGUUCUCCCUGGAGUUCCUGCUGCGCUUCAUUCAGACUCAGAGCAAGUGCACGUUCCUGCGCACGCCGCUCAACGUCAUCGACGUGGUGGCCAUCCUCCCCUACUACAUCACCCUGAUCGUGGACUCUCUGUCUGUGGGGGGCAAGCCCGCGGGCUCAGGGAACAACUACCUGGAGAAGGUGGGCUUGGUCCUCCGGGUCCUGCGGGCCCUGCGGAUCUUCUACGUGAUGAGGCUGGCCCGCCACUCGCUGGGCCUGCAGACGCUGGGCCUGACGGUGAAGAGGUGCACGCGCGAGUUCGGCCUGCUGCUGCUCUUCCUCUGCGUGGCCAUGGCCCUCUUCGCGCCGCUGGUGUUCCUCGCCGAGAGCGAGUUGGGCGCCAAGCAGGAGUUCACCAGCAUCCCCGGCAGCUACUGGUGGGCCGUCAUCUCCAUGACCACUGUCGGCUACGGAGACAUGGUCCCCAGGAGCAUCCCGGGGCAGGUGGUGGCGCUCAGCAGCAUCCUGAGCGGCAUCCUGCUCAUGGCCUUCCCCGUCACCUCCAUCUUUCACACCUUCUCCCGCUCCUACGUGGAGCUGAAGGAGGAGCAGAACCGGGCGCUGAGGCAGAAGCCCGACUCGCAGGACAGCACCAAGUCGCAGAACAGCGAGGACUCGCAGGAGACGGACAGCUACCGCGGCGUGGCGGAGGCCACUGCGGCGGCGGCGCAGAGGAGGAAGUCCAUGGCUGCUCAGAGGGCGGCCGAGAUUAGAGCGUCCAUGAACCCUUAGGUUGAGUGACUUUCUGGGGAAGCUGUGACACCCGUCACGAGAAUUCAAAGACAACAAGGGGGAGAUUUCCCUGCUUUGACUGCAGGACGUCCCUGUGCAUCAGAUUAUAUCUGCGGGUCGCCAGGUUUACAAAGGAGCAGCAGAAAUCUUUUCUUUUCUUUGCACAAAUCUUUCUUCAACAUUUCAGAAACAGCACAAUAUUCUAGAUGAAACACCUUUAGCAACAUAAGACUGAUGGCCGGGAAGCUUGUGAAAAGGAAAUCUAACACCACAGCAUCACAUUCUGUUCUUCAGAACCUGGACGGAAACCCACAGGGUUUUUUAUUCUGGAAUGAAGAUGUUUGCUCAUUUGUCAGUCGUGCAUUAUGUGAAGAUACAUACAGCAGAAACCAGAUAUGUACAUACAUCUAUUUCUCAGACAAACAUUUCCAGUUCUAAGUCAGUUGGCAGUGGGGGGCCACCAGGUGGCGCCUGGGGAUCUUCAGAAAACCAAAACUGAAAAAAAAGAAUAAAAUAAAUUUGAAUAAUUCUUUUUAAAUAAACUUUUUUAUAAUUUCUUUUAAUCCUAAAAUAUCUUUUUGUUAUAAAAUAUAAAUCUAAAUAUUUUAUUGAAAUUUUAUUUUCCACGUGUGUCUUUCUGAUUUACUUGCAGUCAAAUUUGUCAAACGCUAUGCUAGCUUUAAGCUUGACAAAUUUCUUAAAGCUAGCAUAGCUAGCAAAGCUUAAGCUAGCAAGGCUUUGCUAGCAAAGCAAAAUGGACAAGAUUCUGAUAAAACCAAGACAAUAGAAACACUCUGUUAUGAAGAAUAAAUGUGAGAAAAAACAUUCUAAAAGUUGAUGCUUCUUUAAAUAUUUUGUAGCAUUUCCUGUAGCGUUAGCUUAUAGAGGUUCACCAUCUAGAAGCUAACGCUGUUUGGGGCCCUGUUAAGGAAAAGUUUGGGAACCUCUGAGUUAGAAUUACUGAAAUCUCCACUAACAUCCUUUGAACAGUUUUAGAAAACUUUAGAUGAUGAUGUCAUCUGAUUGUAACCCAUUUGAGUUACCUGGAUACACACUUAUGGAUGGUUGUGUACUAGAGAUUUAUGUGUUUUGCUGCAAAAUGUGUACGAACAACAAAGGCAAAAGGAAAGAUUCAGUUGACAUGGAAGAAGCCAAAAAAAAGAAAAAAGUCUACAAAUGCAAUAAAAUUGACAUAAACCUUCGUAUUUGGAGACACGUUCCAAUUUCGUCUUAAAUUUUCUGCAUGUUUGGCCGUAUUGAGAACAUUUGGAGGGAAAAGGAGGGAAGCUUUCAAGAAACAAAUUACACCAAAUAUGAAGUAUGCAGAGGCAGCUUUACAGAAAAUGAUUGUCUAAAACAAUCCUCUCGUAAUUCUGGCAAAGAGAAAAUAGAAAUAUUUUUGGUUUGAUUUGAUGUCAUGUAAAUAUCUGGUUUCGACUUCACAUUUUCAUUUUGGUCUUUGACUAAACCAAUUGUUAGAGGCGAGGUUGGAAUAAUUCAUGCGCACUUAAAAUAAAGAAACGCAAUUUACAUCUAGAAAGUAGGAAACAGCACAUUUCCUCUUAAUCAACUUGUGCCUAUUUCAUGUUUCACUAAACCCUGAGAAUAUUUAUGCUAACAUUGAUUAGCCACGUUGCCUCUCUAUGGCAUGUCAAACCUUCUUGGUACGAUAUUGUUUUCCGUGUGGAGAAAACUGCACUGAGCUCUGACCUAACGACUAACUAGUUUCCUCUACUAGAACAAAAUUCACAACAAAAUAUUUCAUAGCAUGGUGGCACUUAGCUAAAUAUAAGAGGAGCUGUUAGCAUCUUCCAGAAUGGCUUUAAAGUUUGACGUCUAAACAAAUUAGAGUAUGGCUGACGGAAGAUCAAACUUAAUAGAAUAAAAGUUUAGACUGUUUGCACUAAGAGCACAAACAUUUUUUAAAGACAUUAGUAUAAACCCACCUGCUACUUUUUAAUCUAGCAUAAUCAGAUCUCAAACAUGAAGAAAAGAGUUUAAAGGAUUAAUAUUGGACAUAUCUUUUUUCUUCAAAGAGUUUUUGCGGCACUAGUGGCUCAUAUUUUUGUGACAGUAGGCAGACAGGAAGGAGGGUGAGGAGAGGACAUGCGGCAAGGGUCGUCGGGACCGGGAAUUGAACCCGCAACGUCCGCGUCGAGGACUAAGGCCUCCAAAUGUGGGACAUGCUAACCCCCUGCGCCACCACAGCACGCCCCAGCUACUGUUUUUACCCCGUUCUGCUCAAACGUGUUACGUUUUCAACACGGCUUCUUCGGGGCAAAAAUGUAACAAAGUUGAUUGAUGUUUUGAUCUGACCCUUUUUUUUUUUUCUUUUUUUUUUUUUUGCUGUAACUGCUGUUUGUUUGGCGCCACCUGUUGACUCGGAGUAACAUUGUCCCUGCUAAUACACAGCCACCAUCUUGUGACCAAAAGUCUGGGCUGCACUUGGAUGAACAAAGUCCAGACGGUUCUCAUUACAGUUUUUAUGUCGCGGUCCAGCAGAUGACAAGUAGAGCACUAGAAAUUAUGGGAUAGUGAUAAAUAAAAGUAGAGGUAUCCUCCUUUAUUUUAAAAAAGCAGCAGCAUAAAUAUUUUAAGAAUGCAAUACCCUUUAACAACAUGCUAACGUGUAAUAUAAACAGCUAAUUUUGGGAAUGCUCACCAAUAGGUUUUUAUUUUGUACAAUUUUUACUCAUUUUACUAUUUGAAAAUAAAACAGAGCGGUGGACUAGACAACCUGUUAUGAUGCAGACAUUUUUACAGAAAGGAAGCAAAGAUCUCUCAACAGAUUCUGCCUGGUAACUCGUUUUUAGACAAGAAGACAUGAUAUUAUCAGCUACGACUUUCUUUGAUCCUUUGUCCAAUUCAGAUGGGAUACAUAGAAAAUGUUAAAGUUAACCAAAAAUAAGUAUAAAUUAUUCUCUUAAAGAUUUACUUGAAUUUGAACAGCAAUGACUUACAGAUCCGUUUAUAAAAUUUAUUUAUUUGUUUAUUUAAACCCACACCUGAUCAGGUGGAUCACGCAAACUCAACUUGGGACACCAGACAUAAUUCAGACUUGCUUGCCGUGAGACAACAGACCACAACAAAAUGAUUUAGUCCAACAGUGACAUCAGUGGAAAACAUUGGCAUUCACAUAGAAAAGACAGAAAAUUAAUUGGAUUUUAUCAAAGUUAUUGUGGUGAUAGAGUGACAUACUGACUACUGCUGAUCUGCUGACAACCCCAUUUAAAAAAAACAAAACAAAACUUGACCUCUUGUCUUGCAGUAACUGUCCUGCCCACCAGGGGAGCUCUUUCCUGGUUGAUACCAGAAAACUCAUUUGUCUAAAUCUUUGAUUCUUUCCUCCCUCGAUAAUAAUAAUAAUAAUAAUAAUAAUAAUAAUAAUAAUAAUAAUAAUAAUAAUAAUAAUAAUAAUAAUAAUAAUAAUAAUAAUAUAGCUUUUCUAUUAUGGAAACUUUUCUUUAUUUAUGUUUUGAACCAUUUUAUAGGUGAGGUUUUAUCUAUAUUAGUACAUAAAUGACAUAAAAUCAGACAACCACACUGACUUGUAAAUGUUUUGCUUUGCAAGCGGCUGUAAAAAACAACAUGUUUGACUUGCAGACUGAAUCUCUGGAUUAAAUGCAGGACCAAAAAGAAAAUAGCUUGAACACAUUCCCCUCCAGAAACGGUUCUGUACAACAUGAAACGUUUUAAGCCGGGAUGAGGAGGUGUUGGAACGAACAUUAAACUGAAAUGAAUUUGCACUUUGCAUCAUAAAUCCACAGCCUGAGGAACAGUUGUGUGCGUUUUUUUUUUUUCUAUUGGAAAAUGUAAUAAAGACUAUAAUAAACACAUUCCUGUGUGAAUGGGGCUUUGAUUUAACAAUGUAUUAUACACAAGGAUGCUCUCAAACUGUCAGGAGAUACUUCUCCAUUAUGAGCUUCUGAAAUCGGCACAAGCUUCAUGCUUCUUUUAAAGCGAACGUCAUCAAUAAUGAAUAGAUUCUGUCUCCUGGAUUUUUAUAAGUCAUAAAAAAAAAAACAGCGGCAGGAUUAUUGCACGACUUUCCGACCAGAGUGAGACCUCCGCGUUGAGUCAGAAACGUCUCAACAGUUCAGAGGACGAGGAGGACGAGGAGUUCACCAGGGCACCGAACGGGGUCCAGUGAAUUCCUCUCAUUUGCUGCCAGCAAAUCGUCUCACAAAGAGUCUCUGCAGUCGCAGCGUUUCAUGUGGAGAGUUGCACCACAGAUGCAGCAGAUAAAAAGUUUUUAUUUUAUUAAGCUACAUGAACACGGGGCUUCGUGGUCCGAGUCGUCUGAAGACGUUUUCAGAGCAUCCAGUUUAUUAAACACAUUUUCUUGUCGGUCCUGUCCCAUGAAGGUCUUCAUACGAGGAGCGCAUCGAUUUAUCAGCCAGACAAUUUAUCGGGGCCAAUUUACCUAACUUUGGGAGAUCAGAUACUCACAUGUGAAGCCGAUCUUUUCUACCUCAGCAAAGGUCUAAAAAUCAGCCACUGUCUUCUUCUCUCCAGUGAGAGAGGUUUGACUGACAGACCGGCCCACCAGCUCAUGUCUGGACAUGAGCUGUUAACAAUAACCACUCAGCGGCUUUCUUUAUAUAUUUAGCAACAUUUCAGACAAAAAGUGGUACCAGCAGGUCAAGUUUUUUUUUUUUUUUUUUUUAAGAUUGGUAAUCAGCAGUUUCCCAGAAAACUGCGAUCAGUGCACCCUUACUUCAUACAAAAGUCAAUAAAUUCGAUUAGGAUUUUAUGACAGACCAACACAAAGUGGUUGAAGUGGAAGGAGAAUAAUGAAUUGUACUUAUUAAAAUGGCAAAUAAGAACAUUUUGAGUUCUUCCAGGAUUGCUCAGGAUGGGGUUCCGUCUUGGACGAUGUUCAUUUUCUCCUGGCAGGAUGAACAUCAGAGCAAACCUUUCUAAAUGAUUCAACCACACGGACCCAGGCUGAGUCUUAAAUAUUUGAAGCAAGCAAAGUCAAAGUAAACAUCCCAACCACCUGUCCCCUCACAAAGGGGUCCAGGUCAUUUUGUAACUGAUUGAGAAAGAAAGAGCCAAACGUCAGGAGACCGUUUAUACCGACCGUGUGCAGCUCCAGUUCGUACCUGCUGCUCUGACAGACGGAGAUUUAAAGUAAUUUCUGUCUCCUACUCGCCUCCACUGUAAGAAAUAGUGAUUUUAUGACUUCAAUAAAUAAAAGCUGCCAGCAGGAGACGGCUGACAGCCUGAGAGAAAACCGAUAAAAACCC